UUUAAUUAUUUUGAAUAGUAACAUACGAUAACAACACUGAUUUUAUAGGAAGUUAAAGUACCGGUGUGAAUUUAAUUGCAGAAAAAAAACAGUCCUAAAGGUCUGCAGACACUUGUCUCCAGGGUGGCAGAAGUAAGUAGCAGGUUUGGACUUGAUUUUAACAUAAAAAAAAACAAAUACAUGGUUAUAAGCAAAAAUAGGAUACCACCUGGUCAAUUACUAGUUAACCAACAACCUAUAACACAAAUCACCAAUUUUUCUUAUCUGGGUGCAAAUUUAAAUGAACAAUAGGACCAAUCGACGAAACUUAAGAUAGGGAUCGAGAAGGCAAGAUCAGAUUUCGUCAAAAUGAAAAAAAUCUUUAACAUCCACGAUAUAAAAUUGGAAAUAAAAGUUCGUUUACUAAAAUGCUACGUAUUCUCCGAUCUUUUUUAUGGCGUGGAGUCAUGGACCUUAACUGAAGCAUCACUGAAGAGACUCGAAGCAUUUGAGAUGUGGUGCUAUAGACGCAUGUUGAAGAUUUUCUGGAUAGACAGAGUUACCAACGAAGAAGUACUACAUAGAAUGGGUACAGAGCGCGAACUAGUCAUAACCAUAAAACGUCGCAAACUGAAAUACCUGGGCCAUAUAAUGCGCAAUAAACAACUAGAUAACCUACUUUGGACCAUACUUCAAGGUUAAGUGCAUGGGAAAAGAGGUCCAAGACGAAGAAUAUCCUGGCUGCAUAACCUGCAAAAAUGGUUUAACUUGACUUAACCACUACCGGACUUUUCUGGGCAGAAGUCAACAAAGUCAAAAUAGCCAUGUUAGUGUACAA